AUGAACUUGACAGCAUCUUUGGUAAAAUAUGUAUUUUGUUCACUUUCUCGUCGUUCGUUAGCUACAAAUAUUAAUAAAUCAACAUCGUAUCUUCCAUAUGAUCUUGAUAGAUUCAACGGGGCAUUGGUACGAGCUGAUACAUGGAAUAGUAUAAAUAACGAAGAGACAUUUCGUGAGAAACUCACGAAUGCUUUGUUUCAAUGGCGUCAAGAAAAAAGAACCGCUGCUUGGUUAUGGAUACCUAUUAAACAUGCUAAUCUUAUAUCUGUGGCAGCUGAAUUGGGAUUUAAAUACCAUAAUGCUGAAGGUGAUAUGGCUGUUGUUAAUCAGUGGUUAUUACCAACUAAAUCUUUAUUACCACGAUUCGCAACGCAUCAAGUAGGUGUCGCAGGUGCUGUGUUAAAAGAGAAAACGAAAGAAAUGUUAAUUAUAAAAGAACGAAUAAUGGAACAAGAAUUUUGGAAGUUGUCGGGUGGUGGAGCAGAUCUUUCCGAAAAUAUUGGUGCACAUGGUCGAUCCGAUUUAUAUUUUGUCUGUAGAUUGACACCUUUGAGUGAUGAAAUAAAAAUUGAUCCACAUGAAAUUGUAGAUUGUAAAUGGAUAAAAUUAGAAGAAGCAAUUAAAGAAGAAAAUCCCAUUUUACGACAAGCUGCUAAACAGUUACUAUUUGGUAUUCAAAAUGGAUUUGAUAAAAUUGAUUUUCCUGUUGAACGAAUGAAAUCUGUUUUUAAACCACAUGAAUUUGAUUUCUAUUCAUCAAGGAUUAAAAAAAACGGUGUAGAGAGCAUUGAUACUCAAAAGAAAUAG